CCAGUGACGGGCGUGACGUAGUCGGAGGAGGAUGUACGCCCCUGUCGGCGAGGGCCACGGCAACCAACAACCAUCCCUGGUCAAUCCAUGGUGGCUUCAUCCGCCAGUUGGACGAACUGUUGGGCACGAGCGCGAUCAAGAAGGAAAAUACCUACACGAAGGUGGCAGAGACAGGGGUGACGAAGGUCACGGGGUUGGGCCUAAGGGUGGCAUCAUGGACUCUAAUCAGCACCAGUUCUGUCUCAAGUGGAAUAGCUUCGGUAGCAACUUGGCGACAGCGUUCUCGAAUUUGUUCAAAAGCGAGAGUCUUACCGAUGUCACCCUAUUCUGCGAGGGAGUAACGUUCAAGGCACAUAGGUUAAUCCUCGCAGCAUGCAGCAAGCACUUUCAAGAGCUGUUCGAAGGAAUGCCUCCUUCUCCCGCGGGACUGAUCGUUAUUCUCGACGGGACGAGUGCCCACAAUAUGGCGUCCCUUCUCGAAUUCAUGUACCGUGGAGAGGUACACGUGUCCCAGGAAUCCCUCAGCUCUUUCCUCAAAGCAGCCGAAUGCCUUCAAGUGAAGGGUUUGUCCAUCGAGCACGAGAAGCUGGCGGUAGCGCAGAGGCACGCAGCGGAGAACAGUAAUUCGUCGACGGACGCGGGGGGGGAAGUGAGCGAUCUGGCCGAAACGGGUGAAGCGACCAUGGUGAGAAACACCAUGAAGAGGACCCCCACACCGGCCCCUUCGCCCGCCCCUGCGUACCCCGUGCCCAGUCUCUACUCUACCUCUCACUAUUACGAAAGCCCGCCGAAAAGGCUGAUGAGAUCGCCGAGCGAUGUUGAUACUCUAGGAAGGGCGAGCGUGUUGCGCGACGGUACUGCUUUUCGGCCUGCAUCAGCGCCACAUCCGCUUAUCCUGGAGAACCAUUUCUAUCAGCCAUUCAUCCACCCUUCGGAAACACCCGCACAUCCUCACACAGCGCCACACACGCCCACGGAACUGGAACAAGAAUUGGAACGAGCGAGGUCCGAGGAACGUAGCAAUUGCGAUCUCAAGGAAAGCGUAGCCGAAGAUCUUCGAAUAAAGCAGGAACCAGUAGCGUUGAGCGAUCGGGAGAGGGCAGAAAAAUUGGCGGAAAGACUGUCUGGCGAAGUAUAUUCCGGGGGAAGGGGGUUCGAUAGUGGUCAUUACGGUUCAAAUUCGGAUCAAAUGCAACAUGGAGGGCAAGUUGGCCACGCUAUGGUGCCCUUACCGCCCGCUCAUCCACCUACUCCUGAUCUCAGCCCUGCACCCACCACCCCUGCUAUGUGGAAUACGAAGAUCAACAAGGCUGGCACCGUUUCCACUCCAGAUGGCAAGAAGCUAAAGUGUCCGUUCUGCGAGAGACUGUACGGGUACGAGACGAAUCUGCGGGCCCACAUACGGCAACGUCACCAGGGUAUCAGGGUGCCGUGUCCGUUCUGUACGCGGACCUUCACGCGGAACAACACAGUGAGACGGCACAUCGCACGCGAGCACAAGGCCGAGUUGAACCUGAAGGCGUUCCAGCAGUCGAACCAUUCGAUGUCGGACUCGGUGCCGCAGUAACGACAUCCUCGUGGUCGUCAUCGUCGUUGUCGUCGUCUUAGCCACGAUCGUCGUCGUGAUCGUUGUCGUCGUCGCGGAGGCAGCCCGGUGGCUACUCGAGUAACCCGCGAGUGACAUCGAGUAACCCGAACGAUUACGAGGAAGAUGGAAGGUCCACCUUCCCGGUUUGGUAGUCGGUCAACGCCAUCCUCAUCCCGUGUCGCGACAUUCUGGAUUCGUCGUUUCCCUCGUGAACUCGCCUCGCUGCGUUUGACAGCAACCGAAGAACGCGUUUCGACGACAGGACUACAAAGGGAACGACGCGACCUGCUGGGUCAUCCUGACCGGGUCCGUUCGCAAUAGUUGUCAAUUAAACUGCGAGCUACCCGGGUCUUCUGCACGGAAAUGGAUCCAUGGCAGACGGACAGGAUGUUAACCCUAGGGUGGUUCUUCGGGGUUCACCUCGUAACACGACGUCCUUGUUGGUUUCGGUUCUUAAUCCGUGAUCCGUCUGACUCUUCGAAUCUAUUUUUAUAGAUCCACAGUUCCUUUUAAGCCUGCACGACAGCGCUUCGUUGAGGAUGGACGUCGGAUUCGGAUGAGGCCGGAGGCGUUGACCGUGUAGGAAAAAUUGUCACGGUGAUCCAUGGAAUUCACGGAGGAUCAGAAGAGGAAAGGAGCUCGGGAAAAACGUCGACGUCCGAUUGCUCGCGUAGCUAUGCACAGAGGUAGGGAAUUAUGCGCGUCGCGCCUCGGACACGCUCGCGGAUACGCUGCAAAUCACAAAACUAGUCAAUGAAAGUGCAACGUCGAGUAAGAGUUAUUAACUAGAAACGCUUUAAAGAACGCGAAUUAAAUAGAGAAGUAGAGAAAAGAAAGAAAACAAUGCGUGAAACACCGGAGGAUAGAGAAACGUGAAGAAACCGGACGCGGAUUCACGAACGCUAAAGAGAGAAAGGAGAGUAACGAAGAAAAAAAGACGCAUAUCUCAGGUGAAUCGUAUACAAUAAGCGAAAUAGAUGUUUUUGUUUUCUCUGUCUUUUUUUUCUUCUAUUUUUUUUUUUUUUUUUAAUUAUUUUUCGUUAAUUCACUCCGCGCGUUUCGACGCCCCGGAAGAACGUUCGUUGCGUACCAAGAAACACGCGGUAUCGAGCACGAAAUGGCGCAUGCGCCGUCGCGAAAAUAGGUUUAAUUAACGAAAAAAAAGUGUCUACUUACUGCCGCUACCUUUUACUGUAUAUUCGAUAGUUGAACGUUACCAUUGGAUUAAGAAUUACCGAACUACUAUCGCAUCAUUGAUGCCAUCGCCGCAUUAAACGCUGUUAUAUACUGACAUGCCGCAGGGAAUAACUGGUACUAUUAUUGCUGUUGAUGUCGAGAGCCUAGGGUCGAGACACGGGUGAUAUAUCUACUUUACGCGUUAGUGCCAAAAACACGGGAAAUCAAACAACUCUGGAUCAGAAUCGCAUCUUAGUUUGUACGUUGUCGAGCGUCUUAGUUUCCCCUAGGGAAAAAGAUGAUGUACGAGACCCAUCACUUGGCUGGCGUUUACGUCUUGUUCGCACGGGACGAUUAUUCGAUUUGGAAUUCGUUUUAGAGCUGUUUCGUUUUUAACCAGAUGUGCUACAUUUUUCGUGUAUUAAAAGAACGUUUCUCCCCUUUACUGAAGAACAACUUGGUACUAUUGAAAUUUUUAAAUCUUGCAAAUUUUUUAGUAAUCGUACAUCGCCAUUUUCUUUGAGGAAGAUUAGGAUGCUCGACAGCGUCUCCUAGCAAGAAGCUAACCCACAAAACAUAUCCAGAAGAGAGUGGUGCAUUUUACCGUACUCCGAUGCAGACGUAUAUUUUUUCUCAUCUUUGUUUUGUAUAGAUAUACCGUUUUAUAAAAGAUUUAUGAGAUUAUUACUACGAUUACUGGAACAGACAGGCUGUCGAGUUACUGUAUCUCGUGUAGAUUCUUCUUGGCGAAUGCGUUCAAUGUCCACACGAAAUAAUACUCUUACACCGAAAUAUAUUUUACUUUGCCAUAACUUCAUUUUAUAUACAAGUUAGGGUGUUAAUAUCGCGUCACGCGAAGUUACGUGAUUUUACAUUGUUAUUACGUGACAUUCGUAAAGCGUGAGCCGAAUAUAGCCGAAUAUACGUGCAUUUAGUUUAAACAUAUGUAUAUAUAUGUUGCUCGUGAUAGUACGUGAUUUCCUAUGACGCGAUAGUAACGUAUAAUAGCAAUGGUUAACCAAGUUCAGAAAAUGUAUUUUUAACGAGACGCAUUCGCCAAGAGAAAUCGAAACGUGACACGUUAAGUCACGCGUACAAUCACUACCACUUUGUUACCUGUUUACAAUGUUUAAUACGGACUUUUGUCCGAAGCAAUAGUCGAGAUAUAAUAGGGGAUAUAAUAAUCAAUAGACCAGAAAUGAACAAAGAGCAUAGGGAUAAUUGCUAGACCGGUUGUAUAGAAUGUGAUCAAUGCAAUAGUUAUUAUAUUACAUUACCUAUAGAUAGAUAUAUAGAUACUCCUAGUCAGGAUGGCACCACGAUAUUACUUGUUGCAGUAUUGACACGUUUUUAUUACUACAGACUUUAUCUAUCUCUCUUUAUUUCUUGUACCCUCCACCGUGUUUUUCGUUGAUUCUUCGUUUUAUUUUUCUACUCGCCCCCCAAACCCCGCCCAUCCCCCUGUUCUUGUUUCUUUAUUUUUUUCUCUUUGUUGCGUUACAGAAGAUGAAGUUUAACCAAGAGUUAUCUCACAACGAUACGCGAAUACCGUACGGUAUCAAAGACAAUAGAUAAUAGAGAAUUAUUUAGUAUUUAUAUGGUCAAGCUAGGUUAUUGCAGAAACAGUGAAACGUAUAUAUGUUUUGUCCGUUUCGUACCUUUUUUUUUUCUUUUUCGUACUCUUUUUUGAUUACGCGUUGCAUGUGUUCUUGUUCGUUCUCUCUCUCUUUUUUUUCGUUUACUUAUUUUUUUUCUACGCUACUGAAUCGCGGGGAUUUUUGCCCGCGUUCUGCCAAACACUUGUAUAACAGUACUACCUCAUCGUUUUUAUAAUGACAAAACAAACACAGGGAACAUUGAGAGACCACGAUAUUAACAUCUGUACAUUCCGUACAGCCGCUACUACUUGUCUGAUUAGUGUCGGAACUACCGCUGUUAUACCCUUCGAAGGGUAGAUCUCGAAGAUUUUCGCUGGAAUUCCUCUUCGUUACACCGUACUGUCAUCGUAAUCUAAACGAUCACGCAAAUCUUAUUUAAACGUUGUCAAAGGGUCCACUCGCUGUUCGAGACAUUUCCAGCCAGCGAAAUACUAUCGAGAUCGUGGUCACACGUGAUAUAUAAGCUCUACAUAUUAUAAUAUAAUAGAUCCGAUUUUUUUUACAAAGCCGCAUACGCUCGGGUGCAGAAAUGGCUUCCCUUGGUUAACCCUUAUGCACAUCUGAUGUAGCGUUAAUUUAGAUAAUAUUAAUGUACCCACCACUACUAUUAAUUUAAUAUUAUAAUGACCUGUUAAUUUUUAUAUUAACCCUCGUACCGUGUACGUCUUUAUAUCUGAUUUAACAUUUAAUUUAAUCUUUAAUUACCUCGUUGAAAAUCUGAAGCUUUAUUAAAGUAUAUUGUAACGAAGUGUAAUAUAUCUUUGACGCGUUAACCAAGAUACGCCAUCUUUGCGCGCGCGCGUACGACGUAUGUACAACUGACGGCUAGAAACAAUAAGAUACACGAGUGGUCGAAUGUGUGCGUACGAGAGAGUGUAUGUGUGUGUGUGUGCUAGACUGCGUGAUUUCGAAGCACGUUUAUCCGGUGAGAAACAAUCACAGCGAUUUCAUCGUUCAGCAGCGAGGUUCGAUUUUUGGAGCGAUAGCGAUUUUGAUUUUUUGUUUAUCAGGAAACCUGGAGAAAAUUCAAAGAAAGGAAAAAGCGACAGAUACGGUUCGCGCACGACGAACGAAAAAUUUGAAAUCACGCGAGAAAUGUCGAUCGCGGGGGCGUAAUGCACGACGGAGGGGGUUGUGGGAUAAAAGAAGGCGCAAAGGGAUAAAACUGGUAGAGGGUGUGGAAACUGAGAUAAUAGAAGAAAUUGUGUCGCGUGCACACGUGCUCGUUUCGUCGGCGGAUUUCGCGUUUUCCGAUCGGGGUUGCACUAAUGGAAAAAAUCUUCGAAACGAGCUGGCAAAUGGAAAGAGCAGAAAAGAAAUAAUGGGAAAAUAUAAAAAGAAACAGAAUGCUACGGAGCGUACGAGGAAAAAUUGUUAUUCGGACGCGAGGGUGAAUACCGAUAUCCUUUCGAGCGCACUGCGAAUGAAUUUUUAUCGAGGAUGGUCUUCGAAACAUUUUAGACGACGUGAAAAAAUUAGUCAUAGAGGGAGGAUCGAGGAUGCUGCGGUAAAAGGGAUUAUUCAAAAAAAAAGUGUUAUGUGUCGUUUACGUAUGUGAUGAUACUAGGAACAUACACGCACACGUACACGUAGAGACACGUGGAUACCACAUACACACGCUAAACACGCAUGGGAUACGUCGCACACGGCCGAGUAACACGCGUACGCGGGUGUAAAUAAGCUAGUAAUCACGUAUGACGGUCGAAUCUUUUUUCUUGUUAAUUUUCUUUUCUUUUUUGUUAAAUUAAGUCGAACAUGUUAUUUUUGUCCUCGGCUACUCUGCCAAGCAGAAGCGAUGAUAAUCGGAACAAAUAUGAUCGAUAAUGUUUAAGUCGUACGAGCAACUCUUAGCGUUAAGUUUACACUUUUCUUUAGCAUAUUCUUUUUUUUUAAUUCCUCUUAGGUAAUGUUUGGGAUGACUAGAGGCCGAGGUGAACCGUUCGCGCGAACAUUUUGGGGUCUCGCAAGUUUCUUUAGUUGCUUAGUAACAAAAAACGGAGGGGUGCACGCGUGUACACUGGGGUAUGACGUAGGCUUUUCUUGGGAAGUGCAGACUCUAAAUUUUCCUCUUCGUGAAUUACUUAUUCUUGGAAUUUUCUAUGACUCAUCAGAUACGUCAGCUUUCUCACUAGGGGACUCUAGGUACAUUUAAAAUUUCUCAGUACGGUAUCCAAGGUACAUCUGACCUUUCAUUUUGGCACCUUUAAGCUCUCGUGAAGUUCUCCACAGGAUUUUCUAGAAUUCCUUAGACUCCAAUCUUUAUAAUUCCUCAGAUUUCCAUAGAAUUCUUGGAAUUCUUUAAAUUCCUAGAAUUUCUUAAGAAUUUCCAUGAUUCUUCAAUUUUCUAAAAUUCAUCACUGCGCCCAAAAUUUUUGCAGAUUCCAAAUUUCCUAAAAAUUGUUCACAAUCUCCCACUGAUUACUUAGGAUUCUCUAGAUCUCGGAAUCGUUUCUAGAAACAUUUUGGAAUUCCCUAGAGUUCUACAUUUACUCUUAAGCAAAGUCUACUUCACACCAUAGCGUACACUGUACAUAUGUAUAUGUAUGAUGAACAAAGAGUGGAGCGUGUAGAGGCGAAUGAUGGGUAUAUAUUUAGAUGGUCGACACGGAAUUGGGACAAAGAACUCACCUUUCGAUUGGGAGAAUCCUUAAUUAUAUCGUAACCGCAAAAUCCUUUCGAACGUCACUGCACGUUUGCAACGAAUACUCGUUCAUAAUUCCUCGGGUGUGUGGCUGAAGAACGCUUCGAAUUUCAAAAAUUGUACACACCUCGAGAAGGUGGUUUAUCGUUUUCCUUUUUCUUGCACGUUGUUGAAUUUUGUCCGACCGUAUCCCAGAGUGCAACGCAUACACACACAGACACGUACACACGUAUACACUCACGCACAUAGUACACACAUAGAAAGGGCGCGAUACGUGCGUACACGUCGCGUGCAUAUAUCCACGUUACGAAGCCACGCGAGGCCGUACGCAUACACGUAUGUACCAUUAUUGUAUCACGGCGUAGGAUAAAAUGUUGCAUGUUGUUUCUAUAAUAUGUGUUUUACGGAUUGAAAAUCCUUUAUAGAUGUCGUGUGUGACACAGCUUGGCGAGGCGAGCUUUACACCGGUGGGUCCGUCGACCGUUGCGCGGGCGUCGCUCGUCAAGCGUCGAGAGAAUCGAAAAUUAAUCGAGGUAAUUAAAGGUAGACCAUAAAUUGUCGGCAAAGCGUUGGUGCUCGAAUGCGCGACCGAGACUCCCGGUGUAAACGGGCUUUCCGUGAUUUAAAAAGUGAAAAAAAAAA